GCUACAAGUGCCACCGCAAGGCAGAGGCAAUGGGGUACUUUUCCUGAAUUGCGGCGGAGCUGGGAAGAGCGCACUGAGCACUUCCUGCACUCGGGGAUCCUGGCAGCAGGAAACCUGCCUUCUCAUUUGAGGGAUCCUGUCACAGGAAUGUGUGAGUCUUUGGAUAAAUUUGGCUUAGUGACGGCAAUGCUUUCUUCAGAGAUACUGUUACUUCCUCUUUGCUCCUUUUCUGCCUGACCUCAGAUGCUUAGUGUUAACCUCUGUGAUAAACCAGAGGAUUUGCCCCUUUUACCCUUGCCUGUGACUAGGUGCCCUAUCCAUGUGUUAUCCUUUUUAGGAAGAACUGGAGCUGAGUUGUCAACAGUGGAGGCUGCAGAAGAGAUGGGGAUCACAGGGACAGUAUUCCUGGUAGUGCAACCUCAGCUUUUGUUAGAUUCUUACCUGUGAGCUAUUGUCAGGAUUUUCCAGAAGCUGCUGGAAAUGUCUGUUUAGUUCCAAUGGAGCUUCACUACCUGGCUAAGAAAGACAGUCAGACAGCUCUGUGUGAUGCUAUGGACUGGAGUUUAGAAGGGGCUUCUGCUACCCACAAGGCAGAUGCAACAGCCUCCAAAGCUGCUCUCUGUUGCCAGAGACACUGCUCAUCAACAUCUAGAAUAGUUGAGAUGGAAGAAUCUAAACUCGAUUCUUCAGUGGCACCCAACUCCUCUCUGCAAGACAAUGCCAGUCAGCCAGACUCCUUGCUACCUGGACCUCUCCAUUCAGAUAACAACCAAAUGACAACUGAGAGAAAAGUCUGCAAUUGCUGCAGUCAGGAGUUAGAAACUUCUUUUACCUAUGUGGACGAGAAUGUCAACUUGGAGCAGAGAAACCGGAGCUCCCCUUCAUCAAAAGGGAGUAAUAAUCACCCCAGAGACCUAGGUUGGGAAAAUCCAAGUGAGUGGUCCCAGGAAGCUGCCAUAUCUCUGAUAUCUGAAGAUGAAGAUGAUAAAAGUUCAGAAGCCACAUCUUCAGGGAAGUCAGUAGACUAUGGCUUCAUUAGUGCCAUCUUGUUUUUGGUCACCGGCAUCUUACUAGUCAUCAUCUCUUAUAUUGUCCCACGGGAAGUGACCGUGGAUCCCAACACAGUGGCAGCCCGGGAGAUGGAACGCUUGGAGAAGGAGAGUGCAAAGUUGGGUGCUCACCUGGAUCGUUGUGUGAUUGCUGGACUCUGCCUUCUCACGCUUGGGGGAGUGGUUCUGUCCUGUUUGCUCAUGAUGUCUAUGUGGAAGGGAGAGCUCUAUAGGCGCAACAGAUUUGCUUCUUCCACAGAGUCUGCAAAACUCUAUGGGUCUUUUAACUUCAGGAUGAAAACCAGUGCUAACGAAAACACCCUAGAACUGUCCUUGGUAGAGGAAGAUGCUGUACAGAGUUAACUUAGAGUUGUGAACAUCUUGAGAUUCUGCCUUACCCUAUUUGAGAAGGAAGGAAGGGAGGGAGGGAGGAAGGAGGGGAAAAGAGAGAAGCACUGAACAUUUCUUAAAAUUAACAGUGUUAUCUACUGGCCUGACAAGAAAAGUUUAUUUCCCAGAUCAAUAGUCAGUGAGUGCGGUUGUUCUUUAUGUGUUUUGAAAUUACAGAAAAACUCAUGUAAGAUGCAGUGAAAAAAUAUAUAUAUAUAGUUGUAUGUGUCCUUCAAAGGAUCUGAGAAUCAUUAAUCUCUACUUGCUAUCAACUCCCACCUGGCAAAAUGUUUUCUGCAACUCAGUGUACAAAUAAUUUCUUAUAUAAUAAGGUCUGAGAUAUUCUUUGGACUGUAGGCGUUUCUAAACACAAUAGGAACAGUUAGCAAGCACUAAGCACACAGCAGGACAUUUAAUUCUCCAAGGUGCUUAAUAUAUUUUUUGUUACUAUAUUUUAUUCCUGAAAUUUGAAUUGACAUUUUAAAAGUAAGGUUUUAUGUUUGAAUAGUUUGAUGUUUGGGAAUGCUGAUUAUUAAACAGAGUAUAAAAAUGGA